GUGUGGAGGAGGACUGAAGGGAGCACACAAACUGACGGACAUCCCUCCCUCGCACCUCAACGCCCACUGGACAAUUACAACGCGAUAGUGCGCUACGUUGGGAGAUAGACAGCGCUAGACAGGAGGAAUCGCAAUAACAGGAAACUCGGUAGCACUUUGCGUGUUGUGCUUUCGAUGACCACUGGGCACAGGUCGACCAUACGCUUCUUUAGGAACUGAAAAUCAUCAAGAAAUCACAGUUCAAAGUGAUCGUUCGGACACGUUUGCAGCCAGACUGUGGUAAUCCCAGGCUGAGGAGAAGAGGGGUGAUGGAUUCCUCUUCAGAAUCUUUCCAGCAGCAGCCAUCACAGGUGUACCCCUUUGACCUGUACCGCAGCCCACGAGAGUCCACCUCCACUGGCAUCCACCAACCAGGAGGCAGCCCAGCAUCUUACUCCAUCCUUUCUCCUCUUCUGCAUCCCAACAGUGCCUCCCAGAGGUGGAGUGGAUAUAGGCAGCGGCAGUGCUUCUUCUCCGAGCUGCCUGUUUGUGCAGAGGUUGGAGGGGAGGACGCAGAGGUGUCGGGGAGGAGGGAGGCAGCAGGAGGAGCCCGAGUCCCGCAGUACCGACUCGCAGAGAGGGGAAGAGGCGUGGCCUCUGAGCCUGGUGACUGGAGCCAGGACCUCAUGCGGGUGAAGAGGCUUAGAGUGGACAGCAUGGGGAGGAGGGAGGGAGAAAUGGGGAGAGACGGCCACAGAGGGAGGGGGAGCAUAGCGCCGAUGACCAGGGAGGAGCGGAGUGGAGAUGAACGGGGGAGGAGGAAGGAGAGCAGGGAGGAGAGGCAGCGGCGACGGCGUGAGUUGAAACUUCAGUUUGAGGAAACCAGAGGACGGCUGCUGGAGCUUCAGCGCAAGGUAUGGAGAGCAUAUGGAGAACAGCAGACAGAGGAAGAGAAGAGAGGAGGAGAAGGAGAGGAUGACGGGGCAAUAGAUGAAGUGGCGGAGAUGUUCUCUGAAGGCGAAGGCGAUGGUCAUCUCACUGGGGAGCUCUCUCCUCCCCUGUGCUCUUCUGCAAAAAAACAUGAAUGUGCCCUGAACGGGAGUUCUGAAGUGUUUUCUGAAGCCCCGGUGGACCUGGAUGUAGAGCUGAAUGAAGGAGGCAUGUGGCUGGGCUGCAGCCUGGUGCAGGGAGAGUGGGAGAGUGCGGGAGGUGGUGAGAAGUUUGCUCAGGCCCUCAAGAAGGAGCUGGCCAACGUGAUGGCUCGGGUCAUUGACAGGGUUGUUCGCCUCUAUGCUGCGGACCCUGCCCCAGCCCAAGCUGCAGCUCUAGCACAGGAGCCUCCCACCAGCAGGUCACGGGAUCCAAACCCAGCCAAGAAGCCAAAGCCUGGAACAGCACCGCAUGUUGUGGAACAAGCUGAGGCAUUGCCACUGGUCAUAAAGAGACCUCAGGACAAGAGGAACCCCCUACCCGAAGACAGACCCAAGAGCACCUUGAUCCCUCAGUCCAACCCCAGCUUACCACUCCUCCCCCUCUUACCCCAGCCCCCUCUACCCACACUCAUUCCCCCGAGGAACAAGGAUCCCUUCCUACCCUCCUGUGCUCCAAACCCUCCUGCCCUCCCUCUGCCACUUCUGCACUACACCAUGCAGCAACUCUUCGCUCGAUCUCUCUCCACUAUGCCUCUCCACAAAGAUGGCCUCUCCAAUGAACCCUUCAUGGAAUUUCGCUCUCACAAUCUGUCGUUCCCUCCCCUACCUCUGCUGGGCCAGUUAAAUCCCCCUCUGGCUGACAGAGGUAGGGAUGAGGGGAUGAGAGCAGGAGGAGUUGGAGGACUAGAUGGAGGAGAGGCAGCUCUCUUUCUUGGCUCUGGGGCAUCUCAGGAGGGUCUCUCCCCAUGUCAUUUAAAGAAAGCCAAGCUAAUGUUUUUCUACACACGCUACCCCAGCUCCAACACAUUAAAGACUUACUUCCCUGAUGUCAAGUUCAACCGCUGUGUCACCUCUCAGCUCAUUAAGUGGUUUAGUAACUUCCGAGAGUUCUUCUACAUUCAGAUGGAGCGGUUUGCACGACAGGCUGCUCGUGAAGGCCUGGCUGCCACCCGAGAGAGGGCGCUGCACCUGAGCCGCAACUCCGAGCUCUUCCGCAUUCUUAACAUGCAUUACAACAAGAGCAAUGACUACCAGGUUCCUGAAAGGUUUGUGGAGGUGUCUGAGCUGGCUCUAAGGGAGUUCUUUGCAGCCAUCCAAAGUGGGCGAGAUGCCGACCCCUGCUGGAAAAAGUCCAUCUAUAAGAUCAUCUGCAAACUUGACAGCCCUGUUCCUGACAGCUUCCGCCUUCCAGGCUGCCCCAUGGACCCACACCGCAUGGUUUGAGUGCCAGCAGGGGCAGCCACACGCACACACAUCUCAUAGCCUAAGGCUUAACACACACACACACACACACAAAACAAGAAGGUCAGUAUUGGAAUGCACACCCACACAUAUUGCCUGCAGCUCAGCAGGGGCACACAUAAACUGACAAAUGCCAACACACGCACACAUCUGCUAAAAUAUUUUACAUUCAGUGACUGGAGCCACAGAAAAUUAAAAUUAUUUGGGGAGUGAACAGUAUUUACAUGUAUAUACAUUUUGAAGGCAUUUGUUUGAUGCCUUCCAAAUUUAAGAGAAUGAAAUGCGUGGCAAAAACUAAGCAGUGAAUGGCCUUGAAUUAUAACUAGGUCACUCAAUAGAUGUUAAAAUGUUAAUGAUUUGUUUCACAGAUAUGAACAUUAUUUGGAGAUAUUUAAAAAGGUUUUCUAUUUACUUGCUGAAACCUUAUUUACGUGUAUUUAUCAAGGAAAUUAGUCGGUUAAAAACGUUGGGCCUAUAUGUGGUCUUUCAUUGUAAUUUUAUAUUGUUAUUUGUCAUGCUAGUUGAAUAUGUGUUGAAUUCCAAAGGCAUUAAGUCAAAAAUGUGAAUUUUUAUGUGAUCGUACUACCCAUAAUUAAAUGAAUGUUCAAGCAA